UGGCCAAUGGAAGACGUGGGGCGGAGCCUCCUCCUCUCCAGGUGCCACAGGGAUAUCCUGACAGCUCCCGGGAGCCUGCCUUAGCCCCGCUGCACCACUGCCUGGGAGCCGCCUGAGCCAAGGGCUGUCUGGACAGAGCCUGCACCGCGCACCCUCGCCUGCUUCCCACCCUGCUGCCCCAGCCUGGCGAAAGUGUUCCUCGUGUGGCCAGGAGCGCGACCCCCACUGCAGCGAGCAGUCGCAGGGCCAGCAAGAUGGCGGGAGCGUCGGUCAAGGUGGCGGUGCGAGUGCGGCCGUUCAACUCCCGAGAGAUGGGCCGGGAUUCCAAGUGCAUCAUCCAGAUGACAGGAAGCACCACCACCAUCGUCAACCCAAAGCAGCCCAAAGAGACGCCCAAAAGCUUCAGCUUUGACUAUUCCUAUUGGUCGCACACCACGCCCGAAGACACCAGUUAUGCCUCUCAGAAGCAGGUGUACCAGGACAUCGGGGAGGAGAUGCUGCAGCACGCCUUUGAGGGCUACAAUGUCUGUAUCUUCGCCUAUGGGCAGACCGGUGCUGGCAAGUCCUACACCAUGAUGGGGAGGCAGGAGAAGGAUCAGCAAGGCAUCAUCCCGCAGCUGUGUGAGGACCUCUUCUCCCGGAUCAGUGACACCACGAAUGACAACAUGUCCUAUUCUGUGGAGGUCAGCUACAUGGAGAUCUAUUGUGAGCGGGUGCGGGACCUCCUGAACCCCAAGAAUAUGGGGAAACUGAGGGUGAGGGAGCACCCACUCCUGGGGCCCUAUGUCGAGGACCUCUCCAAGCUGGCCGUCACCUCCUACAACGACAUCCAGGACCUGAUGGACUCUGGGAAUAAAGCCAGGACGGUCGCAGCCACGAACAUGAACGAAACCAGCAGCCGCUCGCACGCCGUCUUCAACAUCAUCUUCACCCAGAAGCGGCACGACGCAGAGACCAGCGUCACCACCGAGAAGGUCAGCAAAAUCAGCCUGGUGGACCUGGCUGGGAGUGAACGAGCCGACUCCACAGGGGCCAAGGGCACGAGACUAAAGGAGGGAGCAAACAUCAACAAGUCUCUGACCACGCUGGGGAAGGUCAUCUCUGCGCUGGCUGAGAUGGAUUCGGGGCCCAAUAAGAACAAAAAGAAGAAAAAGACGGACUUCAUCCCGUACCGGGACUCCGUGCUGACCUGGCUCCUCCGGGAAAACCUGGGCGGGAACUCCAGGACUGCGAUGGUUGCUGCUCUCAGCCCUGCUGAUAUCAACUACGACGAGACCCUCAGUACUCUAAGGUACGCUGACCGUGCCAAGCAGAUCAGAUGCAACGCUGUCAUUAACGAGGACCCCAACAAUAAGCUGAUCAGGGAGCUGAAGGAUGAGGUGGCUCGUCUGAGAGACCUGCUCUACUCCCAGGGCCUUGGCGACAUCAUCGACAACAUGACCGACUGUGAGAACAAUAAUGGUAACCGUAGCCUGGCCGAACUGAGUCAACGCCCUGACAAUCUCUCCACAGUGACCAAUGCCUUAGUGGGGAUGAGCCCUUCGUCCUCGCUCUCCGCCUUGUCCAGCCGAGCUGCCUCCGUCUCCAGCCUCCACGAACGCAUCAUGUUUGCUCCGGGCAGCGAAGAGGCCAUCGAGAGGCUGAAGGAAACGGAGAAGAUCAUCGCGGAGCUGAACGAGACCUGGGAAGAAAAGCUGCGGAGGACGGAAGCAAUCCGCAUGGAGAGGGAAGCUUUGCUGGCAGAAAUGGGCGUGGCCAUGAGGGAAGAUGGAGGCACGCUGGGCGUGUUCUCGCCUAAAAAGACGCCUCACCUGGUCAACCUGAACGAGGACCCGCUGAUGUCUGAAUGCCUGCUCUACUACAUUAAGGAUGGGAUAACCAGGGUCGGCCGAGAGGAUGCUGAGAGGAGGCAGGACAUCGUGCUGAGUGGACACUUCAUUAAGGAGGAACACUGCAUUUUCCGCAGUAACACCAAGGGCAGUGGCGAAGUGGUGGUAACACUGGAACCUUGUGACGGGGCCGACACCUACGUCAAUGGCAAAAAAGUGAUGGAACCCAGUGUCCUGCGAUCCGGAAACCGCAUCAUCAUGGGGAAGAGCCACGUGUUCCGAUUCAACCACCCUGAGCAGGCUCGGCAGGAGCGGGAGCGGACCCCCUGUGCGGAGACCCCUGUGGAGCCAGUGGACUGGGCCUUUGCCCAGCGAGAGCUGCUGGAGAAACAAGGCAUCGACAUGAAGCAGGAGAUGGAGCAGAGGCUUCAGGAGCUGGAGGACCAGUAUCGCAAGGAGAGAGAAGAGGCCAACUACCUUCUUGAGCAGCAGAGGCUGGACUAUGAGAGUAAACUGGAGGCUUUACAGAAGCAGAUGGACUCCAGGUAUUAUCCUGAGGCCAAUGAAGAAGAGGAGGAGCCCGAAGAUGAAGUGCAGUGGACUGAGCGGGAGUUUGAUCUAGCGCUCUGGGCCUUCAGGAAGUGGAAGUGGUACCAGUUCACGUCACUGCGGGACCUGCUCUGGGGCAAUGCCAUUUUCUUAAAGGAGGCCAAUGCCAUUAGCGUGGAGCUGAAGAAGAAGGUCCAGUUCCAGUUCGUCCUCCUGACAGACACUCUGUACUCCCCUCUGCCCCCCGACCUGCUGCCCCCCGAUGCUGCCAAGGACCGAGAGAAACGGCCCUUCCCACGAACCAUUGUGGCCGUGGAGGUGCAAGACCAGAAGAACGGAGCAACACAUUACUGGACUCUGGAGAAACUCAGACAGCGGCUGGACCUGAUGCGUGAAAUGUACGACAGGGCAGCAGAAGUGCCUUCUAGCGUCCUUGAGGACUGUGACAACGUGGUGACGGGUGGAGACCCCUUCUACGACCGCUUUCCCUGGUUCAGGCUGGUUGGCAGUUCAGAUAUCUCUGGCUGCAACAGCUCUCCUCUUUUCAACACAUGCAUGAGCGAGCGCAUGGCUGAUCUCACCCCCUCCCCCACCUUCUCGAACCCCGACUCCGACAUCACCGAGCCUGCUGACGAGCAGCACGUGGGGAAGGAGGAGGAGGAGGAGGACCUGGAGGAAGACAUCUUUCCGGAGUACCCGCUGUAUGAUGGCCGGGAUCCAUUUUACGACCGCUCCCCCCUGUUCAGUUUAGUAGGAAGGGCAUUCGUGUAUCUCAGCAACCUGCUGUACCCGGUGCCGCUGGUCCACCGCGUCGCCAUUGUCAGCGAGAAGGGCGAGGUGAAGGGCUUCCUGCGCGUGGCCGUGCAAGCCAUCUCAGCGGAUGAGGAAGCCCCAGAUUAUGGCUCGGGAGUACGGCAGUCAGGGACAGCCAAAAUAUCCUUUGACGAUCAGCACUUUGAGAAGUUCCAGUCCGAGGCCUGUCCUGUGGCGGGGAUGUCUCGUUCGGGGACCUCCCAGGAGGAACUGCGGAUUGUUGAAGGCCAGGGGCAGAUAACUGACAUCGGACCUUCUGCAGAUGAAGUCAACAACAACACCUGUGCAGUGACUCCUGAGGAACUUCUCCUGGACAGCCCAGAGAAAGCUGCCCUAGAUGAGCCAUUGGAAACCGUUCUGGACCAUCUGAAGCUGGGCAGCAUCUUCACCUUCCGAGUGACAGUUCUGCAGGCCUCCAGCAUCUCGGCAGAAUACGCAGACAUCUUCUGCCAGUUCAACUUUAUCCAUCGCCACGACGAGGCCUUUUCCACGGAGCCCUUGAAGAACACGGGCCGAGGGCCGCCUCUGGGAUUCUAUCAUGUGCAGAACAUUGCGGUGGAAGUGACCAAGUCGUUCAUUGAGUACAUCAAGAGCCAGCCGAUUGUGUUUGAGGUGUUUGGGCAUUAUCAGCAGCACCCCUUCCCCCCUCUCUGCAAGGAUGUGCUCAGCCCUCUGAGACCGUCCCGGCGUCACUUCCCCCGCGUCAUGCCACUGUCCAAACCAGUGCCAGCCACGAAGCUCAGCACCCUGGCGCGCCCCAGCGCUGGGCCCUGCCACUGCAAGUACGAUCUGAUGGUCUUCUUUGAGAUCUGUGAGCUGGAGGCCAAUGGCGAUUACAUCCCUGCUGUGGUCGAUCACCGUGGAGGAAUGCCAUGCCUUGGAACCUUCCUGCUCCACCAGGGCAUCCAGAGGAGGAUCACCGUGACCUUAGUGCAUGAAAACGGCAGCCACGUCCGCUGGAAAGAAGUGCGAGAGCUGGUUGUGGGUCGGAUCCGAAACACCCCAGAAGGGGACGAGUCUCUCAUCGACCCCAACAUCUUGUCUCUGAACAUCCUGUCGUCUGGAUAUGUCCACCCCUCCCAGGACGAUCGGACGUUCUAUCAGUUUGAAGCAGCGUGGGACAGCUCCAUGCAUAACUCCCUGCUGUUGAACCGAGUCACCCCUUACAGAGAGAAAAUCUUCAUGACCCUGUCUGCUUACAUUGAGAUGGAGAACUGUACCCAGCCAGCUGUGAUCACCAAAGAUUUCUGCAUGGUCUUCUACUCCAGGGAUGCCAAACUUCCAGCAUCUCGCUCCAUCCGCAAUCUCUUUGGCAGUGGGAGCCUGCGAGCCUCGGAGAGUAACCGUGUGACGGGGGUGUAUGAGCUCAGCCUUUGCCGGGUGGCCGAUGCUGGCAGUCCAGGUAUGCAGAGGCGACGCAGGCGUGUGCUGGACACCUCUGUGGCAUACGUGCGGGGCGAGGAGAACCUGGCUGGCUGGAGACCUCGAAGUGACAGCCUCAUCUUGGAUCAUCAGUGGGAACUGGAGAAACUCAGCCUCCUGCAAGAGGUUGAGAAGACGAGACAUUACCUGCUCCUGCGUGAGAAGCUGGAGACGAGCCAGAGACCAGGCUUGGAGUCCCUGUCCCCGUGCUCCAGUGAGGAUUCCGACUCCCAUAGCACUUCCUGUGUGUCCUCUCCGCUCUCAGCAGACGGUGCCUCGGAGGGCAGGAGCUCGCCUUUGGAGACCCCCAGCGAGAGGCAGAAGGAGCUUGCCGUCAAGUGCUUGCGUCUCCUCACUCACACGUUUAACAGAGAGUACAGUCACAACCACGUCUGCAUCAGCGCCAGUGAGAGCAAGCUAUCAGAAAUGUCUGUGACCCUGCUGAGAGAACCCUCCAUGCCAGCUCUUGGUGUCACUACCCUGACACCCUCUUCCACCUGCCCAUCACUGGUAGAAGGACGGUAUAACGCCACUGAGGUCAGAACCUCCCUUCUCUCGUCCAGGGCAGAAAGCCCUGAGCCAGAACCAAUAGUGGAAGGGGAACAGAAGAAAUCUCCCACGCGUGAGCCUGAGGAGGAGAAGGAGACCCAGCGCUUACUGGUCCCCGAUAUCCAGGAGAUCCGGGUGAGCCCCAUUGUCUCGAAGAAAGGCUACCUGCACUUCCUCGAGCCACACACGAAUGGCUGGGUGAAGCGCUACGUGGUGGUGAGGCGCCCCUAUGUCUACAUCUACAACACGGAUAAGGACUCUGUGGAGAGAGCCAUCCUCAACCUCUCCUCUGCUCAGGUGGAGUACAGCGAGGACCAGCAGGCCAUGCUCAAGACCCCCAACACGUUUGCAGUAUGCACAGAGCAUCGCGGAAUCCUGUUGCAGGCAAGCAGCGACAAGGACAUGCAUGACUGGCUGUACGCGUUUAACCCUCUGCUGGCUGGAUCCAUAAGAUCCAAGCUGUCCAGAAGGAGAACAGCCCAGAUGAGAAUCUAAUCUAAAACCAUUCUCCACCUCAUCUGUCUGCCAGCAGGAUCCAGAUGGCUGGCUCUCAUACAAGAGUUCCUAUAUUAACGUCAAAUCUUUCAUGCCAUCCACCACCCCAGCUGCCUGCUCUACAAAUGGAUCCAUUACGAUCACACCUUCACUGGGAAAAUGCAUUUCUGGUGUACCUGCAAAACCCUGACACAGUCUGGCUGUGAUUUCUUGUGCUCAUGUGAUUUUAUGCCCAUCUCUUGAUUGGGUUACCUUGGUGUCACAUGGCCUGUAACUCUCGAAAGCAGGUGCUAUGUUUUGUAUUUUAAAGCCAGGCUUCAAUGUAAGGAGGCAGGAGUGUGUGAAUGGUCAGAGGUUACAAGUCACGAGGAAUUGCUUCUGGGUGAAGAGAAAGCGAUAGGGUUAAGUACUGACAUUUCUUAACGCAUUGACGUUUUAAAAGAGGUAGAUUAAGUUACAGUAGUUUGAGAUUAUAUUUAUAAAGUAUUUAUUUCUAUUGACUGCACUGCAAUCUGUAUGUUGGGUUUAUCUUGUUUUGUUGCUCCUGUCUGCACACACAGCUUCCCCUAGGGAAGGCAGAGCCCUGGAAGGUGGGCCAGCGGGGAGGAGGUUAUCUGACUGUUUUGUGAUGCCAUCCCUGUCUUUUUUCUCAAACCCCACUAGUGAGUGUUUUGGAUGGGUUCAGGAGGAGCAGCUCCCAGCUGAGCGCAGCCAUACAUACACUCUGCCUUCAGAACUCUCGCGCCUACCCCCUCUCCAUUUGCUUUGCCCUGUUUCCUUCAGCCCCCAUCCCAUCCCCUCCAUUCCCCCGAAGGCUUGAAAGCCAGCAACGGUUCAGUGACUAGACCGGUGGAAUGCCAGGAUGACAGGGUCUGCUUGGCUCUACCCAGGAGAUUUGGUUUGGGUUUCUUGUCUCUAUUCUGUUUGCUUUCAGGGCCCAGCUUCAAAUGGGGUGAAAGGACUGGAAGGGCGGGUGGUUCUGCCAGGCCGCUUCUGGAGCAGAGUGCUUUCUUACACGCCAAAUGAGUACAGUGCAGCCUGCCUCCUGAUAGCCUGGUCACGGUCUAGGGAUAUGCAGGCCGGCUAUGCUGUGCUGUGUUAAUCUCUGCCCUAGACUUGACAGUGCCAGUCUCUGGCUGGGAAACCUCCAAAAGGACUCGCACUGUAGAUGGGGCUAAAGAAUCUUCACUGAGCAGCCCCACCCAGUUGGGAACUGGGGAGAGGGCAGGAGCCGUUGCGUCCUGCCAGUCAGAGGAAUACAGAGAGAGAUGGCAGCCCUGUCUUGGGCACGAUUGCAGCCAGUGUCGAACGGAGCAAGCACUAGAUUGGGCUGCGCUACCAGAUGACUUCUACAGCCAAAUGCUGGCUCAUUGGCAAAUCUUGGGGAGGUGCUAGCAUAGUUACAUCUAUGCAGACGGUUAGAGUUAAGAAAGGAUUGUUACUGGUGGGAUUAAAGCUAGAUCAUAAUGUUACACUGACCCUAAAUUCAGACCAGCUAUCUUGAACCAGAUGACUGGGUCUCACUGCCCUUUGCUGCUAGGGCUUUUACUUCCCUUCCCUUCUGUUUGCAGCAAUGGCAUGGGGAUGGGCAAGCAUGAGAGAAACUGAGACUUUGUUUACUUUUAUAUGUGAUGACUUUUUCUUAUUCCCCUUCCCCAUAUCAAACAUUAAUUUCCUCCUCCUUCCCCUUGCCCCAUCUGUCUAUUGGGCUUAGAUUGCACACAUAGAAUAGCUCAACUGGUGGGGGAUGUGCACCAAAGCAGAGCUAUGGCAUCAUAUAAACCUUUCUCCCCAUGGCAAGGACCUGAUAAGGUGGUGGUGACCUUGCUAUCAGCUUUUCAAAGUAAUUUAAGCAGCAAAUAUCUUAAUUUAUUUUUAAUUACCCAGAUUGUUAAAUUAAGAUUUCCAGGUGGUUGUGUACAUGUAACGCCAGGCAGAAACAUGGGGAGUUUCCUCCAUUCAUUAUCCAAAACUGUCACCGAUCCAUGCUUCAUUGUCACACUUCACAGCUGACCUUAAUUUGCACAGCACAGCUGCGCCUUGGUUCUCUUUGGCACUUUUCCAAUCUCUCUGUUGUGUUUGUUGAGUAUUGUCUGUAUGGGUCAAGUGGAGAUGGCCUAUGCUCUGUAUUUCUCCUUUCUUUUUUUCUUGUUUUGGGGAGGCUAGGGCAUGGAGCAAGGAGAAAAGUAGGCAGCCCCAACAAAGCCUCCAUGCAAUCUCAGUGGGCUGAUAGAAAUGUCACGCACACAAAAGCUCACAGCAAAUUGCCCGCCCCAUGCGGCAGCAUGGACAAAGAUUCAUCCCAAGCCUCUGUCUCCAGUCUGCAUAGAGACAGGGCAUUUGUAUUGAGCCACCAUUUAGCUUAGCCCUCAUAUUGUAUGACGAGUGGCUUUUUGUUUCCUGCUGGACCCCAAUUUGCUUUUGACCAGUUCUGUGGCAUCACUUCCAUUCCCUCACAGACCUGGAUAGCACUGCAGGUUCCUGCAGGGAACAGUGUUGGUACUGUGGCCAGUGCCUGUCCCUUUCAGUGAGCUUCAGUUUUGUGCCAGUCCUUCAUUCAUGGGCUGGUGGGUCAGACAGUAACUUGGUCGCCCAGGUGACGGUCUCUUGUUUUUACAGCUGUUCCUUAUGGACUUGGAUUUUUUUUUUAAAUCUAGGACUGAUUUUAAUAAUUAAAUUAAAUGCUUAAUGCCUGGGAUAAGUGCUUUUAUAAUGUGUUAGCAUUAUAUACAUAGAGAAAGAUGCUUUGCCCUCCAUGAGAAACUGUAAGACUCCAAAUUAUGACCCUAGUUCAGAAAAGCAUAUAAGCACAUGCUUAUGUCCAUCCCUGUCCAGAAAAGCAAAAUUAUGCAUGUGCUUAAGUCACAAGGAAUGGAAUUAAGCACAUUUACAAAGUUAAGCACAUGCCUCAGUUUUUUGCUGAUUGCUGAAGGAAGACCUUGUGUGUAUAUAUAUAUAUAUAUCCAUAUUAAUCAGUCUUAAGUGCUAGGGUUUUUUAAUUCUUAAGUCUUUGUUUUGUCUCCCAGUUCUGCUUGACAGUACAAGGGAGCUUUCCUAGAAAGGACUGUUGCUCUAACUGCUAAACCUCAACUCAAAGAGCUGACUGUCCGCUGGUGAAAACACAUUUCAGCAAUCUCUGCUUCAGCGGCAAAUAGAGCCAUCCCUGGGGCCCUGAUGAUGACCAAUGGGAAGUCUCCUGUCAGCUUCAGUAGAUUUUGGAUCAGGCCCUUGGUAAAGACCACUUGGCUUGAGUAUUUAUUUCAACACAAUUUAUAGGCAAAACUGGUAUUUUAGAUGCAGUUUCUAAGAAAUGUCCUGAAUAGCUGGGAUAAACCUAGCAAUAGCUAGUUUAAUCCAGCAGCUUCUGGAGCCAGUCUGAGGAAACAUGAUUUGGUAAAACAGACUCAUUAAGUUUCCAUUCUAAUCCCAUCUGAACUCUGGAUUUUAAGGGUAAAUCAAGAUAUUCUUGGUCUUCUGGGGCUUUUUUCUCCCAUUCAAGUCUUCUCAGCGAUUUCCCCAGGUUAGAAUAGGUUAGAAUAAAGGCAGCAAGAGUAUGUUAUCAGGCUUUGUUAUGUACAUGCCUGUAUUUGUCUUGGACCAAACAGAGACUCACAGGUGACAAUGGGAGAAAAAUGAAGAAGUGGAUGCCAGUGUUGGGCUCUCUGGGAAUGCCUGCCAGGCCAGAGAAGAAGGGUGAGUGGGGAUGAUACAACUAUGGGGUCAUGCCUUAGGUCAGCCAUCCUGAAGAGCAUGGUCUUGAUAGGUUGGUUCUGGAGAAGACUCCUGGUUUCACUCAGUCAGUACUGUGUGCCUGAGGCCAGCAAACCUGCAGAGCACGCAACUGUUCUGAGUUAGAGACUAAGGUCUGAUCUCUUUCCCCUGACACCAGUGUGCUUGGAUCAGGCCACAGAUGCAAAUAUCUGUAUUUGUGGAGUAAGGCUUGCUUACGGGAUGAAUCCUGGCUCCUUAUAAAAUAGCCAAAUAGCAGCCAUCUGCUGUUCAUAUGGCUCCUUCAACAGGGUUAUUUUCUUUAGUGCCCAUCUGAGGGAAUUACUAAAGAAUCUCAGUUCAUACCUCCUCUAUACCUUACCCCCACACCUUUCCUCACUUACUUUCCCUGCUGUUGAGCGUCCCGCCCGAGAGAGACGUGCAUUCUCAAAAAUUCAAGUAGAUGGUACAUGCCCCAGCACUUAGAGUGGCUGAGAUUAAAUUCCAUUCUUCAUUCUUUCCAUUGAAUUUGAGGAUGAAAAGGGUCUUCAAGAUUUAAACAUGAGACUGAGUAAACACUUGAUCUUAGCUUAAACAGGCCAAGACAUUUCAGUCAAACUUAAGGCAUAGAAGCUGUGUUGUGAGAGUAAGAAUGGCAAGGGAAAAGACCCAGAGUCCUUAUGAAAGAGAAACACCCAUUUUGGAUUUUAUUUGGUAAGUCAUCCUGUAUGUUUCAACAUGUGUAGAAUUUGUGAAUUUCAACAUGUGAAUUUGAAAACCCAUUGAAUUCAGUGUGACACAGCUCAGAUUCAGAAGUAACAGCACUUGCACUGUAAUAGAAUCGUAUUAUUUCAUUAGUGUAACAGAGGACAGUGAGGUACAAUGAUGUCACCAAAGUUAAUCAUGAUUUAACAGGAAGUUGGGAUAUGAGAGAAUUCCACAGAACAAGUUUAUUUUCAGUAAACAUCUUUGAAAUAAAUGGGCUUUUGUUUGCUUGGUCUUUUGUAAUCAUGCAAGAAGCAGUCAUGUAUCUAUAUCUAAUUUUUCCUAUGAGUGCCCAUCCUAAAGAUCCUCAGCCAACAGUGAGAUGUUCAAACCCAAAAGAAGAAAUACCAGCUCUUCAAAGGGCCCUCAGAGAACUGCUAGUCUUGUAACCAUAGAGAAAUUAUCCCCAAAAUGACCUCAAAACAAGCAAGCUGCAGCUGUUUUAAGUGGGUGGCAGCACCUGAGAACUGGAGAUGCUCAUGUGAGCAUUUCCAGCCAUUGCC